AUGAGAAGCGAGUUUAGGGAAAUUGUAAAGAAACACAUGCGCUUGAUGAGAAAUUCUAAGCAAUUGUCGACGAUAUUUGAGGAGUUUUUCCUAAUUCAAAAUUUAGCCGUGUCAGUGGAGAUGUGUUUGAAUGCUAUGAUGGUGACAAUGGUUGGCCUUGAGCAAAAGACGCUUUUAAGUGAACUCAUAGCAAAUGCCGCGUAUGAAACAUCGUGGACUUCUUGGCCACUUGACAUGCAGAAAGACCUGCUUUUAUUAAUAAAAGUAGCGCAAAAACCGCUUUCCCUAAGUGCAGGAGGAGUAGCCACCAUGUCUAUGCAAACAUAUAGUCAGGCAUUAUAUAAUGGAUAUUCUAUAUUCGCAUUCCUAAAUGAUGCCGUCGAUUAG